AUGGUUUUCUCAUCAAACCCUCUAUCACUAAGCGUUCCCGACCCCACCUUCGACACAUGGCUCCGCGACUCCGGCUACCUCGAAAUUCUCGACCAACACUCUUCAGCCCCCACCACCACCUCCUCCACCACCACCUCCACCACCACCAUGACUGCCACGACAGCAACAGCCACUGGCCUUUUCAUUUCAUUCUUUUCCCAUAUUCUAACACUCCUUUCUCUCUUCACUCUUAACCCCUUCUCCAAACUCGCCACCGAUGACUUUUCGGGCCAAACCCCAUCUUGGACCCGGUCUUUUUUUGCCGACUGUAGGUCCUACUCGUUUCCAUCCGGGUCGGACCAGGCUAGGCUCCGGGUUAAUGAGAAUGUUAAACGUUAUGCGAGAAAUUAUGCGUCCCUUUUCAUUCUCUUCUUUGCUUGUACUUUGUAUCAAAUGCCACUUGCUCUGAUUGGAUUGAUAUCAAGUUUGGCACUUUGGGAUAUUUUCAAGUUCUGUGAUGUUAGGUGGGCAUGGGAUCGAUAUCCUGUAAUUCGGCAAGUUAUGGUCCGUGCAGUCCAAUGUGUUACUGCGGUUGUUCUGAUAUGUCUAAAUGUUCAAAUGGCUCUCUUUUGUGCACUUGGCGUUAGUUAUACAGUUAUGAUUUUGCAUGCUGCAUUUCGAAAGCUAACGCCUGCAAAGCAACCUGCUCACCAGAGAUGA